AUGGCAACAACAUAGUAUUAUAGUAGUAUCCAAGUUCAGAACAGAACAACACAACUGAAAAUGUUAACACUUAAAACACAAACUUGCUGAGGGACCAGCAUUCUCUUUCCCUUCUCUCUUUUUCCCUUUCAAAAAGCAAAGCUACUACCAUCUUUCUUUGCCAACUCUCUCUCUCUCUCUCUGCUACCCUGUUGGUGGAAUAUCAAAUUUGAACAACCCCUUUGCAUCUGAUCCAAUAAUCCCAACCUCAAGCACCACCCUUCAUGAUCUAGGUAGUAGCUCGGAAAAAUGACGAGGAUGACCCGUGAUUUUGCUGAUACUAUGCAGAGAGAAGCAAUGCCGGUGGUAUCAGCUGAUGUGAUAUUUGCUUCUCUUCGAUUUCCUAAUUAUAAAAUUGGAGCUAACAAUCAGAUCAUGGAGACAAAGGGUGAUCCGAAAGUGCUAACUAUGAAGGAGGUUGUUGCACGUGAGACUGCGCAGCUGUUGGAACAGCAGAAACGUCUGUCAGUUCGCGACCUUGCCAGUAAAUUUGAGAAGGGUUUGGCUGCUGCUGCUAAGUUGUCUGAAGAGGCUAGACUUAGAGAAGCUGCUUCACUGGAAAAACAUGUUCUUUUGAAGAAGCUUCGAGAUGCACUGGAGUGCUUGAAAGGGCGAGUGGGAGGAAAAAACAAGGAUGAUGUAGCGGACGCUAUUGCUAUGGUUGAAGCUCUAGCAGUUCAGUUAACUCAUAGGGAAGGGGAACUAAUACAAGAGAAAUCCGAGGUGAAGAAGCUAACAAAUUUUCUUAAGCAGGCUUCGGAAGAUGCUAAGAAACUUGUAGAUGAGGAAAGAGCUUUUGCUCGUUCUGAAAUAGAUAAUGCCAGAGCUGCAGUUCAGAGAGUGGAGGAGGCGCUCCAGGAGCAUGAGAGGAUGUCUCGAGCUUCAGGAAAGCAGGACCUGGAACAAUUAAUGAAGGAGGUUCAAGAGGCUCGUAGAAUCAAAAUGCUGCAUCAGCCAAGCAAGGUUAUGGACAUGGAACAUGAGCUACAAGCAUUGAGGACUCAACUUGCAGAAAAGACUAGACAUUAUCUUCGACUCCAAAAAGAGUUAUCAAGGGCAAAGAAAGGAGAGGAAAAUGUUCCUAAUUUAUAUGAAUUAGAAGGGACAGAAACAUUAGGCUCAUAUUUGCAAAUUCAACCUUGCUCUGAUAAAGCACCUGAUCUUUCAAAAUGUUCAAUUCAGUGGUAUCGUGUAUCGCCUGAAGGUGCCAAAAAGGAACUUAUUUCAGCCACCAAAUCAAUUUAUGCCCCAGAACCUUUUGACGUUGGACGCAUAUUGCAAGUUGAUAUUAUUUCAGAAGGCUUGCAUAUCACAUUGUCAACCACUGGUCCAGUUGAUCCAGCUGCUGGUUUGGGAAACUAUGUAGAGGCACUUGUGCGAAAACAUGACUCUGAAUUCAAUGUGGUUGUUACUCAGACUAAUGGAUCACAUAAUCCAACUGAAUCUAUUCAUGUUCUUCAUGUUGGAAAGAUGAGGAUGAAGCUUUGUAAAGGAACAGAAACAAUAGCCAAAGAAUACUAUUCAAGUUCAAUGCAGCUUUGUGGAGUUCGAGGGGGUGGGAACGCUGCGGCGCAGGCACUAUUUUGGCAACCGACGUCAGGGCUCUCUUUUGUAUUAGCUUUUGAAUCAGAGCGAGAAAGGAAUGCGGCCAUCAUGCUUGCAAGGAGGUUUGCAUAUGACUGCAAUAUUGUUCUUGCUGGUCCAGAUUAUAGACCUUCUGAAACAUGAUGGGGCCUCCUUGAAUAUUAUUUUCUCAACUGUAAUUAUUUGAGUUUUCCUUUCUUGUAUUACAAGUGUGUAACAUGCCUUUGUUUGUGCCAAGGCUCGUGGUCUUAAUUCCUUUAUACCAACACCAGGGCAUUUUUUUGUUUGCCUUUGUGAGUGUGAGUGAUGGUUGAUGAAAAUUUAUAAGUUUAAUUAUUCAAAUUCGAGGAAGCCAUUUCCAGAGUUUGAGGUGCUAAUUGAUUAUAUUUGAUUGAUCCAAUUAUGGUCAGAGUUCUGUGUUUUAUUGGA